AUGAACCCUCCCCUGUCUCGGGUGUGUUUGAUGGGUUUGCUGUUCUUUCUGGCCUCCGUGCACCAGGCUCUUGCUGGACCUGCGAUAUAUUGCAAACCCAUUCCGUCCUCGUCAAACUGGCCUGCUCAGUCCGCGUGGCAAGAGUUGAACAAGACUGUGUCUGGCAAGCUCUUUGCCGACGUCCCUCCUGGAUCUGUCUGCCACCCAGGAAAUGCAUUGUUCAACAAUGCCACCUGUGACUUUGUCCUUUCCCAAUGGACGAACUCAAGCUUUCAUGCCGACAAUCCCAUCUCGGUUGACUACAAUGAUGAUGGAUGUCUGCCGUCGCCUCUGGCGCCAUGUUCAGCGGCUGCUUAUCCUUCGUACGUGGUACACGCCACAAAAGUCUCUGAUGUACAGGCAGCGGUGGAGUUUGCCGCCAAUACAGGCGUGAGGUUGAUAGUCAAAGGAACUGGUCAUGAUCUCCUGUCCAGUAGGUCGUCUGGUGGACAGUCUUUGUCUAUAUGGACACACAAGCUCGUGGGCAUCUCGGUGAAUACUAGUGACACUAGGGCUCUCCCGUAUGGUGGAGUUGGCUCAGUCAAAAUUGCCGCUGGAUCCAGGAUGAUGGAACUCUACCAGGCAGUCGCUGAAUACAACCUUACAGUCAUCGCAGGUGGUGACGUAUCAGUCGGCAUUGGUGGAUGGGUCCUGGGAGGGGGCCAUUCUCCCAUAAGCUCGACAUAUGGACUUGGAGCUGACCAAGUCCUCGAGAUGGAAGUGGUGACUCCAGACGGCAAAUUUCUCACCAUCAACGAGAACUCGUAUCCUGAUUUGUUCUGGGCUAUGCGAGGGGGAGGAGGCUCAACCUUUGGCGUCCUCAUCAGCGUGACCAUGAAGGUCUACCCGACCCUUCCCGGCAGCCUUACAAUAUUUACUGCCAACACCACCUCCAACAGCGACACCUUUUGGUCAAUAUCGACAUACUUCACCUCGCAGGUGCCUAGCCUGUCGGACAAAGGAGCAAACGGCUACCACUAUUUCAUCCCAUACGCUCCCCCCAAUCCUCCGGACCAAGCAGGCAUUAUCAUCGGUGGGUAUUUCUUCCCAAACAAGACUCCUGCCCAGGUCAACGCGAUCAUGGGUCCGGUCAUUACCAAGAUCAACACCACGAACUGGGGUGACCCGGUCUUUGUUGCAAACGAAACAAUCCCGAUCCCAGACUUCAAUAAAUUCUGGAUGACGAACCAGCCCGAGGCUGUGGGACCAUCAGAGCGUCUAGGUUCACGUCUCCUGACCCGCGGCGCUCUUACUGGCAACCAAACGGAGCUACAGAAUGCACUACGUACAGCAUCAAACGGUACCUGGACACUGCUCAACCACCUUGUUGCGGGCAAAGGGGUACGAGAUGCUAAGAUACCCGGUGGGAACAACUCAGUGUGUCCUGCGUGGCGGAACGACACAUACAUUCACUUCGUCACUUAUCGAAGCUGGACGCCCUUGAACCAAACCGAAAAGACGGCGGUAACAGACGAGCUGCGCAACAGCGCGGUUGAAGCACUGCGCAUCCUGGAUCCAUACACGGGCGCGUACGUCAAUGAAGCCGAUCCGACCGAGCCCAACUGGCAGACAACCUUCUGGGGCUCGAAUUACCCGCGCCUUUUGGCCCUGAAGAAAAAAUACGACCCCAAGGGCGUAUUCUGGUGUAAACCCUGCGUUGGAAAUGAACUCUGGAAUGUAACAGGCAGUUCUGUAUACCAGGACGGUAUCGGCGAGGACGGCGGCAUGAUCUGUAAAGCUCAAUGA